UAGAAAAUUAUUGCAAGAAUUUAUAGUGAAUGCUUGGGCUGCAACUAAACCAAAUCGGCUAAGAUUCUUGCAUAAAAAUCAAGACAUACUAAGAGCAAACAUAUAUCAGAGGCUCACAGAUAUAGUAGGCAAAAGUGCAAAUGAGAAA